AGCACGACAGUCGCCGCACAGGUCAACCACACACACACACACACACACACACACGAGAGUACUGCAGCCAUCACUCUCUCCCUGGUUGUCUGUGUGUGUGCUUGGUGCAGACGCCAUUACUCAACAGAUUGAAUGCAUCGGCUGAUGAAUCAUGAUUGAGUGAGAUGGGCCAGAAGUGCAGCAGCCUGUGCGAGAUCAACCUGUGCCUUGCCCGCCCGCCAGACGACUUCCCGGAGCUCCUCAACCCCUUGUCGGGCCACCUCACCCUCAGCUACAACUUCAAGCACGACGGCAGGGCACCGUUCAAGGGCGGCAAGCAGACCAUCUCUCCGCAGGGCCUCCAGAUUCCAUGCGCGCACUCACACGCAGACCCCGAUGAGGGAUCCAUGUGAGCUGAAGACUGACUUGAAGAUGAAUCCACAAUAAAUAGAGUGGAGAUCCAUUAAAUCAAUGCCUUUAGCCUUGUUUGGUGUUCGUGCGUGUGUGUGGUAUGUGUGCAUGCAGCAUCUAUCACGCUAAGGACUACUCCCGGCCGGCCCAAACGUCCCUGACCGUCGCAGGCCGAGUGUGUGUGAGCCUCCCCAAGCACCCGCCCCACCCCUCCCUCCCACCGCCUGGCGUGUGCGUCUUUGCCGUCAACUUCAGAGGCGCAUCUCCCGCCACGCACACACAGACACAGACACAGACACAGACGGCGUCCAUCGACCACCACCCAGACAAGGGCACCAGCAACGGGUCUGGAUGUGGGUGGCGAAGUGGGCUGUACCUGUCGUUCUACGCCUGUGUGGAGGGGCGGGGGCGGUACUACCUGGUGCCGCAGCUGUCUGUUUUGACGGAUGGGUGUGAGGAGGUGCCAAUGGACGAGGAGGGGGACGGAGGGGCACUGGGGCCGCUCACUGGCACAGACGUGGUGGUCGAUUUCGUCCUGGCCGACCACAGAGGUCAGGAGGCGAUGACAUACGAUGGAUGGAUGGAUGGAAGAGUGAUUGAUUGACUGAUGGGUGUGUUGUUGUGGAUUGGAUGGGGUGCAGGUCGUGAUGUGUAUGCGGAUGUGAUAGCGCGGUCGUCUGGGGCCACCCGCCGGCCUCUGCGCGUGCAGCUCCUGUCGGAGGUGGCCUUCAACAACUGGCGGCAGCCCGCAACACUCACACUGGGGUACUCUCAACACUCACUGCUCGGACGGUACACACACGCACACACACACCAUUGAUUGACAAAACAGUACACAUGACUGACGGUGGGGUGUCCGUUCUGUGUCACGAUACAUACGAGUGCAGGGAUACGUCAGUGCAUCUGCAGGCUCUCUAUGUGUCCGAGUGUGCUUCGCCGCACGGUGGUCUGUCUGUCCCCUACAACAUCGCAGCCACGGCGCCUGCCGCCCUGAGAUAUAUGGCCAGAAACCCACACACGGGCGCCUACCACACCGUGAGUGAAGCGGACAAGACCCACACACGCACGAGUGGAUGUAUGGGUGUGGGUGUGUUGUGGCGUGUGUGCCCAGGGGGAGCAGCGUGUGUUGUUCAAGGGCCAUGUGGCGUGGGAGGCCGCCAUGGCCGUCAAAGACAACCUCACCGCACUCCAGGCACGUAACACACCAUCUGUCAAUCCAUCCAUCCAUCCAUGUGUGUGUGUGUGUUUCGCAGAGGACCAAGAGCAUGCCCCCGACUUCCAUCUUCACGUGUGAGCCGUCCCCCUCCCAGCUGCCCCACCAUCUGCAGGAGAAGGCCGACAUCUCAUCCGUGUGGUUCGCGCACGUCGAAAUAAAUUUGCUUACACACCCAGGCACACCAGAGGUCAGCAACUGAUGGAUGGAUGGAUGGAUGGGUGGGUCGACUGACGGCAUGAAUCGCACUUCACUUUUUCUGUUGCCCCCCCAGGGGUGUUUGUAUUUGACGCGGCGCUCGUUGCCCCAUGAGCGUGUGUAUAUGGCGUGUUACAUGACGCUGGCUGAGGCGGUGUGCACGUCGGUGGUGUGGCGGUUCACGUGUGUGGAGGAGGACCGGUCUAUGAUCACCAGCCAAAACAGAGAGUACUUCAACCAACGGUGAGCCGACAAAUGCAUUCUAUGUCUCUUUCUGUGUGUGUGUGUGUGUGUGUGUGCAGCGACCGGCCUUUGUUGAUGCGUGGUGUGGUGUUGGGUUUGGACACCGUCCACGACACGAGCACCAUCAUCCGAGCCGCCAUAUCGCACAAGAACGAGGUCAUCAUCACCGCCACACAUGUGUGUGUAUGUGCGUGUGCGUGUGUGUUGGUUGUGUUGUGUUCAGUACCUGAGUGAGCAGUUGUUGUGUGAGCUGCCCGUGUCUGAGUGGGGGACCACCCAGGUGUACCAGGAGGUCUACGACUCAGGCACACACAUCAUCUACAGGUCAGUCAGGUCAACACACACCUGUUCGCUCCACUCGCCUCGCCCAUCCACCCAUCCAUCCACUCAUGUGUAUGUCAUUCAUUGUGUGUGUCUCGUGUCGUGCAGGGUGACGGUUGAGUAUGGCCGUGGUGUUGUUGGUCGGCAGCAGGCGGUCCUCAAGGCCGAAAUGCCGCACGACGUGCUCGUCCAGCCGCCCAGAGAGGAGUGGGGCGCACAAGACAUUCAGGCAACCCUUGACACCACCCUUACACACACAGGGGACACAUCCCUGCACCUCCUGUCUGUGUCAGCUGGACGGCCUCCCCUUAGUGCACAGCGCCAAGAGGAUGGCGCAUCACAUCCACUCGGUGGCCCUCUUCGCACGGCCGUCGCAUCCGGCACUGAUUGAGCACCACCACCAGCAGCAGCAGAUGUGCAGCGAAGGUGACGACGGUGGCAGCAGGACGCCAGACAGGCUCCUGGGCGCUCCUGCUGCUGCUGCUGCUGGUGGCUUGCCCUUCCACACACCUAUGUGUAAGCACUCACACACAUAUCUGCCCACGGGUCCACUGACGCGGUCUGGCAAAGCAAUGUGGGUGUGGAUGGUGUGGAUGGUUGAUGCGAUGCAGCGUACGAUGGGUGCAACACGAGCAGUUUCCAGUCGCCCCUCACCGACCCAAACCCCGGCUUCCAGGUGACUGACAGGACCUCGCUGACCCACCAGCAGCCACACGCACACAUAUACAUGCUGCGCAUCAAUCCUUCCGUUCAUGUCUGUGUGUGUGUGUGUGUCAGUCUCCGUUGGUGCAGGUGGACGAGGACGGGCGGCACGACGACGACGUCUUCACACCGGUGGGUGGGCGACCUCACUCACGGCCGGGAGGGAGGGAGGAUGUUGUCUGUCUGUUUCUCUGCUGACGGUGUCUGUGUGUAUGCGGAACACACACAUGAAUCAAUCAAUCCAUCAGGCUGAUGGUGCCGAUGAGGAGGGCAGAGGCGCGGGAAUACACGUGGGCCCAACAGAGGACAGCGGCGAUGACUAUGAGGUACUUACACCAAAACGUACAUCUCCUACAUGUCUGUUUGUGUGUGUGUGUGUGUGUGUCAACCAAUCCACCAACCAGCCCAUCAGCCCCCUUGUGACGGCUAUACGGACGGCACAAGACAACACCGUCACCGACACCGUAAGCUGAUUGAAGCACACACGAAUCCUGCCUGUUGAGUGGAUGCCGUGUGCCCUGUCUGUCUGCCCUUUGCAGCUUCCCUUGUGGCAGGAGCGUUCCCCCGCCGAUUGCUGUCUGCUGGCGGUGCUGCCGGUGGCGCCAUUCGACGAGCCGGCAGUGGCGCCGCUGCACGGCGACCAGCAAAUGCGCAAGUGACUGACCAACUCUUAUGUGUGUACAUUAAUUAUGUGUGAAUGAGGCUGCUGGCCGUGAAUAUGUGUCUG